CUUGACGAAAUGGAUUAAAAUUUCUAUUCCAAUAUUAUCCUCAUAUUGUUUCAAAUAUUACAGGACAUAUCCUAUCUGCAUCUCGACAGUGUAUACAAAGCCCUCCUCCUCCUCCUCCUCCCUCCGAUCACGACCAAUCACGACGCUUCAGAUCCCAAUAUCCUGCUAUCAGCUGCUCUGAGGAAUCAGAUUUUGAUCUCAAUUUGUGAGUUUCUUUCUCUCUCUCGGUCGCUUCUAAACAUGAUGAAAUUUCAUUUGGCUUGGUAUUCGUUGGUAUUGACGAAGGGGGCGACAUGAGCAUGACUUGUUGAAUGACAUUCCAUUAAAUCCUGCCACCUCUCUCUCUCUCUCUCUCUCUCUCUGGACGUUGCAGUUACAGUGAUAUCUCGCGUGAUGGUUCUGAAACUUAGUGCGCAGAACUACUGUUAAGAUCUCCAUAUUACCAGAAUGGAUUCAGAAGCUUCUAAUUCAUCAACUUCACCUUCUGCAAAAGCUCCAGAUGUUCAACCUACUGCUCCCACAGAUUCUGGGUCAGAUAAGCCAGCACCUGACGGACCCUCUAGGAUUUCUCCUUCUGGCAUAUCAUCGUGGGCCAAAAAUUUGAAAAUUCCCCCAUCAUUGACAGUAGCACAAGAUGAUGCUGGGAAUGCUGGGAAAUCAACCUUUGCACGAUUUACUAGUGGGUUGGGAUUACGCUUGUCUCCAAAAGCUCCUCUGCCAGAUGAUAGCUCUGAGGAGGCUACAACAGCUGCUCAACCUGGUUUUAUUGGAACUUUGACAAAAGGGUUAGUUGACUCAUCUAAGAAUGCUGUGAAGGCUGUACAGGUCAAGGCUCGGCAUGUUGUCUCUCAAAACAAACGAAGAUAUCAGCUGGCUAGUUUCCCAUUCGAUGAUCAUAAUUGCCCUCCCAUUCAACUCAUAAUAUCAUUCUGUCAAAGUGCAUACUCAUGGUUGAAGGAGGAUAUUGAAAAUGUUGUGGUUGUGCACUGCAAGGCUGGAAUGGCUAGGACAGGAUUGAUGAUUUCUAGCCUCCUCCUCUUUCUGAAAUUCUUCCCUACGGCCGAGGAGUCUAUUGAUUACUACAACCAGAAAAGAUGUGUUGAUGGAAAAGGGCUUGUUCUGCCAAGUCAGAUUAGGUAUGUCAAAUAUUUUGAGCGCACCUUAACAUACUUCAAUGGAGAAAGCCAGCCUGGCCGUAGGUGCAUGCUUAGGGGAUUCCGGCUUCAUAGGUGUCCCUAUUGGAUUAGACCCUCUAUCACUAUCUCUGAUCAUAAUGGUGUGCUUUUUUCUACAAAAAAGCAUCCAAGAACAAAGGAUUUAACGCCUGAAGAUUACUGGUUUAGUGCACCAAAGAAAGGGAUCAUGGUAUUUGCCAUGCCAGGAGAGCCUGGUCUGACAGAAUUGGCGGGGGAUUUUAAAAUCUAUUUUCAUGAUCGCCAUGGAGAUUUCUACUUUUGGUUAAAUACAACAAUGAUGGAAAACCGAAAAAUUCUGAACACUGAUGAUCUGGAUGGAUUUGACAAGAGAAAACUGCCUUCCCCUGGAUUCCAGGUUGAAGUUGUGCUGGUGGAUUAUGAUGGCACUAAUUCAGUGAGGUCUAAAACUGAAACGGCUGCCAAGAAAUCAGAAGGAGGCUCUGGUACGAAUCCUGCACCUACUGACGGAAGCACGACCACUACCGCUCCCUGUUCUAAUAAAGAUGCGGAGAGCCAAGAUAAAGAUGAUGUAUUCUCUGACAGUGAAGGGGAGGAAGCAGGGUCUUCAAAAAGCAGGCAAGCUCGGUCAACUUCUGCAGUUGGAGGAACUGCAACUACUGCCACCUCUGGUUCUGAAACCAGUUCUAAAUCAGAUCAAACUUCGAAUUUAACUCGCAAAACUGAGCAAAUGACACUGGAAAACCCAGCCUCUAAUGCUGCUAGUGAGGCAAAAAGUGAUGCUGUUGGGAGUGCUGCAUCAAGUCUGGAGGUCCCGAGCUCCGGUAGAGAAAGCGAUUUCAAGGCAAUGGCUGCAGAUGCUUCUGUUUUCACAUUUGGAGACGAAGACGAUUAUGAAAGCGAGUGAACUCUGGUGACCCUGAUUUAUAAAAUAUGUACAUAAAUGGGUUUUAAGCAGUGAACGAGGGAUGUCAAUUAGAUUUGAUUUGUUCUUUUUUAUAUCAACGCAAAAUCCUGAUGGGGCUUGGACUUGUCCUGCCUAGAGAUUGUUAUUGUGGUCAGGAUCACUUGGAUUCGUUCAUUAAUUUGAAAUCAUCGGAACAAUAAUUUGCAAUA